AUGGUUGAUGCUGGAGUAAGCAGCGACAUGGGCAAAAUGCCGUGUGUGGCAGAUCCCAGGAGCCCAGGGGAAGCUCUAUUUGAAGAGGACACUUCAAUCGAGCCCUUAGUGGAACAUACCAAAAGGAGACGGUCGUCGCACCAGUCCAUCAAACCGCGUUUUAAGAAAUCCGCUCUCAAGACUCCAGUAUUCAAGCUAAAGUUUGAUAGCAAACGCAAGAACCCACUGAAGUAUGUCAAUAUUAGAGAGCUCAUUCUGUACACGCUCACAGACGUGAACAAGCUGAAUUUUGGAGAGCUCGAGAACAGGAAAUUUGUGAACAAAGUGGUUUUGGUGCUUGCUGAUGGACUCACUGCGGCUGAUUUCGGGUAUGAUAGUUUAGCUGGUCUGGUUGAAGAGCAGGAAAUAAAGAAUACGGAAAGAUAUCCAUUUAUUGCCCAGACAUUCGCAAAAUUCAUUCCGUUGGUUUCCCCAGGAGCCAACAGAAACCUAUUCUCAUGUGCGGCCACUCUUUCCUCUGCGGCAGUGCCCGAAAAGCAUCGUCCAGCGCUGAUUAGGGAGCUGGAGCUUGAGGGUGUCCAGCUGUCUGAUCUGACACUUGACUACACGCAAAUGGUGGCCAAUGGCUACCCUAUUCAUCCCGAUGUUCCUGGUGCUACCAAAGAAUCUAUAGCGCGAUAUUCCUCAUUCCUUGCCACCAGGGACCUAGGCUCCAAGCCAAAAAUGCUUGCACUGGAUUGUGAGAUGUGCUUGGCUGCGUCCGGAAGCGUGGUCACUAGAGUCGCGGUAACUGAUGAGGACCACAGGCUAGUAAUAGGGGAGUUUGUCAAACCAGACGAGGAGAUCACAGACUACAAAACACAGUACUCGGGUGUCGAUGAAGACAGCCUCAAAGGAGUCACCACCACUUUGCAUGAUAUCCAGCAAAGAUUACAAGCCACGAUCUCCAGUAAAGAUUACUUGAUAGGACACUCGUUAGAGUCAGAUCUUUGUGCGCUGAAAAUUUCACACCCAACCAUCAUCGACACAUCCAUUUGUUUCGAUCACGUGAAGGGUCCGCCGUUGAAACCGUCUCUGCGCAAUCUGGCAUCCGAGAUAUUGGGAAAAUCUAUCCAACAAUCUGCCAAUGGUCAUGAUCCAGUUGAAGAUUGUAUUACAUGCAUGGAGCUGGUCCAGCUCAAACUAAAAAAAGGCCCUGCAUUUGGCAAGCUUAUUACUGAAGAGUCGAUCUUUCGCCGUAUCUCGCAUACAAACAAACAAGUCCUUAUCGACGGCAAGAAAGUCCCCAAAACGGGGAUAGCCAUCAAUUUUGGAGGCAACAAAUUUUUCAAUGAGCUACGCAUUGACGUCUCCACCGACGAAGAGGCGGUUCAAAAGCUGGCUAAUGAUUUGCCCAAUCAUGAGCUGGCGAUGAUCAAGCUGCGCGAGCCGGACAACUUUGAUCAUAGCGUUGAAAAAAUCUACCAAACAAUGCCAAGCAAUUCUCUUUUGAUCGUCUGUGCUGGCCACGGCGAUGAUAAACGUAUCAAUGAGCUCAUCACCUUGCAGAGGAACAUUUCCGGUCCUUUGCCCCCAGAGGACCACCAGGAACUUGUCGCAUGUGUGGCGAAGGCUAGAGAAUCGCUUGCUCUGAUAAAGAUUAAACCAUAA